UCAACGAAGAAAACAACAAGGCAAUAAGGGGCAGUUCUUUUAAAAAAGAGGAGAAGGCUGCAAUGAAUGAAGCAGCAGAAAUUUUAGGGACAGUCCAGACAGGUUUAGAUAUCGCCAUAUUUCUUCUCAAGACUGAUCGUGGCAUACAAGCGACUGUGUUAUGUAAUGAAUGCGUAACUCUAGUCCAAAAUCUUCAUUCUGGUAUCGACCUUGAUAUCUCGGAUACAAUAUUCAAUGCAUACUACGCCAUCUUUGGUUACACAAAUGCAGCAAGAUAUGCCACUAAACUUCUUGACACGUUUCUUAACGCUGGAGUACUAACCAUACAACUGGGAGACGAAUAUCGAGCACAAAGUCGGUUUGUGGAAGCAAAGCAACUUUAUGAAAACACACUCACCAUCAUGCAAACGACUGGCAGCAAAAGAGAAGAAGCACUGGUUCAUGGAAGACUUGGAUUGGUAUGUCAUAUCCUACGUGAAAUGCAGAUGGCUAUGGAAUACUUUGAGAAAGCACUUGCCAUCACAAUAGAAAUUGGCGACAGAAAAGGGGAAGAAAUAAGUUAUAGAAACCUUGGAGCUUUGUUUCAAACCCUUGGCGAAUAUGAGAGGGCUAAAGAAUAUCACGAGAAAGCACUUCCCAUUGCCACAGAACUUGGGGACAGAGAAGGAGAAGAAAGUAGUUACGGAAACCUAGGAACUUUGCUUCAAACCAUAGGCGAGUUUCAAAAGGCUAAAGAAUAUCACGAGAAAGCACUUGCUAUCGCGAUCAAAAUUGGCGACCGACAAGGAGAGGAAAGAAGUUACGGAAACCUCGGAGCUCUGUUUAAAAGCCUUGGCGAUUAUGAGAAAGCUAAAGAAUAUCAAGAAAAAGCACUUGUCAUCGCGAUACAAAUUGGCGACAGACAAGGAGAAGGAAGAAGAUACGGAAGAAACCUCGGAGCUCUGUUUAAAAGCCUUGGCGAUUAUGAGAAAGCUAAAGAAUAUCAAGAAAAAGCACUUAUCAUCGCGAUACAAAUUGGCGACAGACAAGGAGAAGGAAGAAGAUACGGAAGCCUUGGAGUUCUGUUUCAAAUCCUUGGCGAAUAUCAGAAAGCUAAAGAAUUUCACAAGAAUGCACUUGCCAUCGAAAUAGAAAUUGGCGAUAGAGAAGGAGAAGGAAUAAGCUAUGGAAACUUGGGAGUUGUGUUUCAAACCCUUGGAGAAUUUCAGAAGGCUAAAGAAUAUCACGAGAAAGCACUUGCCAUCGCUAUCAAAAUUGGAGACAGACAUGGAGAAGAAAGAAGUUACGGAAACCUCGGGGCUCUGUUUCAAACCCUUGGCGAAUAUCAGAAAGCUAAAGAAUAUCACGAAGAAGCUCUUGCCAUCGCGAUCAAAACUGGCGAAAAACAAGAAGAAGGAAAAAGACACGGAAUCCUCGGAGUUCUGUUUCAAACCCUUGGCGAAUAUCAGAAGGCUAAAGAAUUUCACAAGAAAGCACUUGCCAUCGGGAUAGAAAUAGGCGACGGAGAAGGAAAAGAAAGAAGUUACGGAAACCUCGGGACUCUGUUUUGCACCCUUGGCGAAUAUGAGAAGGCUAAAGAAAACUACGAGAAAGCACUUGCCAUCGCGAAAGAAAUUGGCGACAGAAGAGGAGAAGAGAGAAUUCACGGAUACCUCGGAGCUCUGUUUCAAAACCUUGGCGAACAUCAGAAGGCGAAAGAACAUCACGAGAAAGCACUUGCCAUCGCGUUAGAAAUUGGUGACAGACGAGAAGAAGGAACAAGAUACAGUAACCUCGGAACUUUGUUUUAUUUCCUUGGAGAAUAUCCAAAGGCUAAAGAAUAUCACGACAAAGCACUUGCUAUCGCGAUCAAAAUUGGCGACCGACAAGGAGAGGAAAGAGGUUAUGGAAACCUCGGAGCUCUGUUUAAAAGCCUUGGCGAUUAUGAGAAAGCUAAAGAAUAUCAAGAAAAAGCACUUAUCAUCGCGAUACAAAUUGGCGACAGACAAGGAGAAGGAAGAAGAUACGGAAGCCUCGGAGUUCUCUUUCAAACCCUUGGCGAAUAUCAGAAAGCUAAAGAAUUUCACAAGAAUGCACUUGCCAUCGAAAUAGAAAUUGGCGAUAGAGAAGGAGAAGGAAUAAGCUAUGGAAACUUGGGAGUUGUGUUUCAAACCCUUGGAGAAUUUCAGAAGGCUAAAGAAUAUCACGAGAAAGCACUUGCCAUCGCGAUUAAAAUUGGUGACAGACAUGGAGAGGAAAGAAGUUACGGAAACCUCGGAACUCUGUUUCAAAGCCUUGGCGAAUACGCGAAAGCUAAAGAGUAUCACGAGAGAGCAAGAAAAGAAAGAAGUUACGGAAACCUCGGGACUCUGUUUUGCACCCUUGGCGAAUAUGAGAAGGCUAAAGAAAACUACGAGAAAGCACUUGCCAUCGCGAAAGAAAUUGGCGACAGAAGAGGAGAAGAGAGAAUUUACGGAGACCUCGGAGCUCUGUUUCAAAACCUUGGCGAACAUCAGAAGGCGAAAGAACAUCACGAGAAAGCACUUGCCAUCGCGUUAGAAAUUGGUGACAGACGAGAAGAAGGAACAAGAUACAGUAACCUCGGAACUUUGUUUUAUUUCCUUGGAGAAUAUCCAAAGGCUAAAGAAUAUCACGACAAAGCACUUGCUAUCGCGAUCAAAAUUGGCGACCGACAAGGAGAGGAAAGAGGUUAUGGAAACCUCGGAGCUCUGUUUAAAAGCCUUGGCGAUUAUGAGAAAGCUAAAGAAUAUCAAGAAAAAGCACUUAUCAUCGCGAUACAAAUUGGCGACAGACAAGGAGAAGGAAGAAGAUACGGAAGCCUCGGAGUUCUCUUUCAAACCCUUGGCGAAUAUCAGAAAGCUAAAGAAUUUCACAAGAAUGCACUUGCCAUCGAAAUAGAAAUUGGCGACAGAGAAGGAGAAGAAAUAAGCUAUGGAAACUUGGGAGUUGUGUUUGAAACCCUUGGAGAAUUUCAGAAGGCUAAAGAAUAUCACGAGAAAGCACUUGCCAUCGCGAUUAAAAUUGGUGACAGACAUGGAGAGGAAAGAAGUUACGGAAACCUCGGAACUCUGUUUCAAAGCCUUGGCGAAUACGCGAAAGCUAAAGAGUAUCACGAGAGAGCAAUUGCCAUCGCAUUAGAAACUGGCGACAGACAAGGGGAAGGAAGAAGUUAUGGAAACCUCGGAGCUCUCUUUCAAAGCCUUGGCGAAUACGCGAAAGCUAAAGAGUGUCACGAGAGAGCACUUGCCAUCGCAUUAGAAACUGGCGAAAGACAAGGAGAAGGAAGAAGUUAUGGAAACCUCGGAGCUCUGUUUCAAACCCUUGGCGAAUAUCAGAAGGCAAAAGAAUAUCACGAGAAAGCACUUGCUAUCGCAUUAGAAAUUGGCGACAGAGAAACGGAAAGAUCGGGAUACUUAAGUCUUGGAAAUAUCUAUUAUCAGCUUCGAAAAUAUCGGCAAGCUAAAGGGUAUUUCGAGAAAGCACACAGCGUCAGUGUUGCCACUGGUCACAGAGAAGCAGAAGCCCAGGCCUCCGCAAGUUUGGCAGCUGUCUUUGCUUCUGUGAAUGACAAUCAGAACGCAAAAGAACAUUAUGAAAAGGCGCUUGCCGCCGUCAAGGAGUGUGGAAAUAGAGAAAUCGAAGCACGAAUGUACUUAAGCCUUGGAGGCCUAUCUCGAUCGCUCGGAGAAUGCGACAAGGCAGAAGAUUAUUCAGCGAAAGCUCGCUCUAUAAGCAACCAAGUUGGAGACAGAAUGACUGAGUUUCAAAGCCUUCUCAAUAUCGCGCUGUUAAAGGUAUCGCAUUCAAACAUCUUAGAAGCAAAGCAAUAUCUUCUUCAAUGCAUUGAAACAUACGAACAAUUGAGAUACUCUCUGAAGGGAAACGAAGAAUUGAACAUUUCUCUGUUAGAGAAGCAUGGUGGUUUUCCUUACAAGUUGCUUACAAGGUUGCUUUGCGUCAGUGGAAGUAUUCGAGAUGCUCUUUAUGUCGAGGAGCUGGGACGAGCAAGAGUCCUCGCAGAAUUCAUGGCAGACAACUUCUCCGUCAAAAGCCACAUCUCAGCUGAUCCACAAUCAUGGUUCGGGAUUGAAGACAUCGUGAAAAAAGAAAGUAACAGUGCUUUAUUGUACAUUUCGUAUUAUGAGCGGCAAGUUCUUCUCUGGGUUUUGAAAGCAAAUGGAGACAUCAUCUUUCGCGUAACAGGCGAAGUGAACCACAAGACUCCUAUCGCCGAGGAAGUUUGCGAGGUGGAGAAAAUUUUCAAGAAGAGCGCCACCCGAUUCGGCGUUUUACCCACAGAGAAUUGUGAAGGUCGAUCUUUGGAUGACAACGUGACGACACCUCUUCAUGAAGAGAGCCGAGCAACUUUGAGUGGUAACGAAACCGAAGAUACCGAGAGAAUUAAUCAUUUGUGUUACAAGUGGAUCAUCGCUCCUGUGGCAGAUUUUCUUACAGAGCCCGAAAUCAUCAUUGUGCCGGAUCGUUUCUCGUACCGAGUCCCAUUUGCCGCCUUGCGUGAUCAACCAGCUGGAAAGUAUUUAUCAGAGAAGUACAGAAUACGCAUCGCCCCUUCUCUAACGACUCUCGGGCUCAUUCAGGAAUGUCCGGCGCGCUACCACUAUCAAACUGGUGCACUGGUAGUGGGUGACCCUACGGUUGGGAAAGUGCAUUGCAAUGGACGUCUCACUAACGUUACAUCAUCAUUCUGGGCAAGUAAGGAAGCAGAGAUGGUUGGUCAAGUGCUGAACGUUCAGCCUUUGUUAGGAGAGCGCGCAACAAAGCAGUCGGUACUUCAGCUCCUAUCCUCAGUGAGUCUGAUACAUCUUGCCGCAGAAGGAAAAGCCGAAAGAGGAGAGGUUGCCCUCUCCCCUCAAUGUACUACUAACAGUACUAGUAUUCCACAAGAGGAAGACUACCUCCUGUCAGUGUCCGAUAUUUUAGGAGUGCAAGUGCGAGCUAAACUGGUAGUGCUUAGCUGUUCUCACAGUGGGCGUGGAACGAUUAAAAAGGAAGGAGUUCUUGGAAUUGCUCGAGCCUUCUUGGCAUCCGGUGCACGUUCGGUGUUGGCAGCAUCGUGGGCCCUCGAAGACGAAGCAACAGCGAAGUUCAUGAAACAUUUCUACAAACACCUCGUUCGUGGUGAAAGUGCCAGUGAAUCUCUUGACCAGGCCAUAAAAUGGUUGAGGAGCAACGGAUUUCCGAAACCUUCCCAAUGGGCUCCAUUCGUGCUAAUGGGGGAUAACGUGUCAUUUGAUUUUACAAAAAUAGGGAAAGAAGAACUUGAAGAGGACAACAAUGAAGCAGAGAAGAACAAGAGUCGUGACUGAUCAAAGAUUAUCCUUUCUGCAUCCUUCCUUAACUGAACACUAGUAUAACUCUACGCAGACAUUUUGUAUAAGUUUGGUAAUAUUGCUUUGGCACGUUUUUGUGAACAUGGCUGAUUCGAAAGUGGGCGACACUGAAAGUUGCAAUUCAACCGUUUUUUUUUUUCUAUCAGGUAUAUCACUAGGAGACUAAAAGGAAUAGGGAUGGGGGAAUUGAACACAGGAACUUAGCUGUAUGUUUAAUGUGAGAAUAUUGGAAAAGAUUUGUUAGAAAAAAAUGAGUCCUCAAUUUAAAUAGACUGCUUUGCAGCCAUUUCUGGAGUCGUCACGCCAGGCGAGUAACUUCGCCUGGCGUGACGACUCCGGAAAUGGCUGCAAAGCAGCCAUGAUCUAAUCUUCAAUUCUCCCUUAGGAAAAUAAUGGACAGAUUGAAAAAAUGUAACACUUAGAGAAAAACAUUGCGAAAGAUUCUAAAGCAGCAAUCAAUCAGAGAGACAUUUAGGACGAACGAUGCACGAGAGAUAGGCGUAGUAAGGAAACAGAGAAGAGAAAAAAAAGGGCGUGCGAUACCAAGGCAAAAAUCAAAAAGAUAAUAUAAUAAUAACAGUAACAGUAAUAACAGUAAUAGUAACAGAUAAUAUAAUAAUUGUAAAGUAA